CUGCGGCGCGCCGAGGUCUGGCGUAAACUGGCAACAAACAUGGGGGUGACGGCGGAGGAGAAGACGGGGGACCGGUCCCUGUGCCGGGAGAAGAAGAUCGCCGUGCCGCAGCCGCCGUCCAUUGAGGACUUCACCAUAGUGAAGCCCAUCAGCCGCGGCGCCUUCGGGAAGGUGUACCUGGCUCGCCGGCAGAACAACAGCAGGCUGUUCGCCGUGAAGGUGGUCAAGAAGGCGGACAUGAUUAAUAAGAACAUGGUGCAUCAGGUUCAAGCGGAAAGGAACGCUCUAGCUUUAAGUAAAAGCCCUUUUAUUGUACAUUUAUAUUACUUCCUACAGUCAGCCAAUAACAUCUACCUGGUCAUGGAAUAUCUCAUUGGAGGAGAUGUGAAGUCCCUGCUACACAUCUACGGUUACUUUGAUGAGGAUAUGGCGGUGAAGUACAUUUCUGAGGUUGCUCUGGCCCUUGACUACUUACACAGACACGGAAUAAUUCACAGGGACCUUAAACCGGACAACAUGUUAAUAUCGAAUGAAGGCCACAUUAAGCUAACGGACUUUGGACUCUCCAACGUAGCUCUAAAGAGAGAUAUUAAUAUGAUCGAUAUUCUUACAACCCCAUCAAUGGCCAAACCCAAGCAAGACUACUUCCGCACUCCUGGACAAGUUCUGUCCCUUAUAAGCUCUUUGGGAUUUAAUUCUCCAGUCCGAAGUAAGAUGCAGGGAUCCAGCUUUUCAAUAACACCAGGACUUAAUGAGUCGUCUCAGAGCAACUGUACUCCUCUUUCAAUGAGAAAUAAAGACAAUGUAGUGAAAGCCAGCAAGCUCCUGAUAUCAUGUCCCGAGGUCAACACCUCUAGUCCUAGCAUGCCGGUAAAAUGUCUGACUCCCAACCUACUGAAGUUCAGGACACGGCGGGGGACAUCCAGUACCAGCAGUCAGUCCCGCUUAUGCUUAUCAAGUAUGGAGUCGGAUUAUUGCAGUAGUCCAAAAUGGGAAAAUGGAAAUCAGGAUUUAGAAGGUCCACCCUUUCUGAGCUCCAGCCGUUUAAAGAACAGUAUGUCUGAAAAGUCACUGAACAGACUCCAGCUAGGGAAAGUUGUCAAGUACAUGAAGGAGCUGGAGUCUGCCAUCUCCCCUAUUGUCAGUCGCAGAAAAGGCAAGAAAUCGAACAUUCAGAAUGACACAAACGAACUAGAAGACACUCCCAUCGCUGGUCUAAACGCAAAAGGCUUCAUAAGGAAAUGUCUUUAUGACCCUAACACUCAAGAAGAAAAGGAGAACUUGGGCCCGUUCAGACAACUGAGAGAACUACCUGGAUCUCCAGAAUCGCCUCCCUGGCUAGCAAGUUCCUCUUUGGAUCCCCUAAAGUACAAUGAAGAUGACCACUCUGAAAAAAUUGGAGUCAAAAGGCAUUUUUCACAUGUCGAAACCAGUCCCGGAGAAGGCUCUUUGGAAAAGAAGAACAGUUCCCAGUAUAAACGAGCCUGCAAACUCUCGAUGGUUAAUGUCAACCCCAGUACAGGUCUUACAAUGGUGACUGAGCGCUUGUUUAUCGGGGACCUCCAUAAAAACAUUGAGAAGGAUGAUAAACAGGAAACUUUUGUCCCUGCUCCAGUGACUCCAGAGAAACUCUGCUCAGGAAACGCAGUGGCCAAGAAUUUGUUGUGUGAGCUAGAUGAGAAUUGUGAGCAUGAGGAGAACAUUAAUGACUCUGAACCAAGGAAGGCCAGUCCUUGGAAACAAAACCCAAGCAGGGACUCUGAGCCCUCUCUUAAUAUGUCUGUUACAGAACACCCAUUGGAGAAGGAGCUGUCUGAUGUGGGCAAGAGCAUGAAGGAACUGUCUUUUGAGUCUGAAAGUGAUGCCUAUGCCAACUCCUCUUCUGAGGAAGCGAGUGCAGCCACCGCAGAGCAGAGGGAGGGCAAGGGAACAGGUCCAGAAUUGGUCAACGACCCUUUGGCCUCUCCAGCAACAACAAGAUUAAGAGAGUCUAAUAGAAGAACCGUUGUGGCUUUCAGGAGCUACAACAGUCCUAUUAAUGGGUCAAACCUCUCAGAACCUUCUCGGAUAAGUAUUGCAUCAGUGGAUAAAAUGAACAUCUCCUUGGGUUGUACGGGAUCUUACCCAUUGAUGAUUACUCCUGCACAGAAGGACAGAACGUGCAAGAAUUUCCAGGGUCAAGUCGAAACCCCUUACCGGACACCAAAGAGUGUGCGACGAGGAGCAGUCCAAGCAGAGAAUGAGAAAAUCCUUGGGACACCAGACUACCUGGCUCCGGAGCUGCUGCUUGGAAAAUCCCAUGGAACGCUGGUAUCUGGACCAGCGGUGGACUGGUGGGCCCUUGGAGUUUGCCUGUUUGAGUUUCUGACUGGCAUACCCCCAUUCAAUGAUGAGACUCCAGCUCAAGUAUUCCAGAAUAUUUUGAAGAGAGAUAUUCCUUGGCCAGAAGAUGAUGAGGCCCUUUCUGUUAAUGCUCACAGCGCAAUAGAUAUUCUCCUCGCCCUCGACAACAGGAAGAGAGCUGGAUUAAAAGAACUGAAGGCUCAUCCUUUAUUCCAUGGUAUAGAAUGGGAAAACCUGCAGAACAUGCCAAUGGCUUUCGUUCCACAGCCAGAUGAUGAAACCGACACUACUUACUUUGAAGCCAGAAAUAACGCCCAGGAUCUUAAAGUGUCUGGAUUCAGCCUGUAGGACUCUCUGCUCAUCAUCCUUCCAUCACUGUUUUAUCACUCAUGAAUGGGAACACUGCUCGCAUUCCGGAUUUUAGAAAAGCUGCCUUAUUAGGGUUUGUAGUUUUAAUUAAGAGUCUUAUGUUCCCGUACGUAUUUACUAUUGGAAUACUGAUGUGGAUCAUGUGCUCUGUAAAUAUUCAGUAUUGCUUUAAAACCAGUGUUCUCGACCUGUGCACCUUACAUUAAGCCUGGGGCCGCAACUGUAAAUCUUAUGUAAAAUAAAGUAAUAUAAUGUCUGA